GGGCGCGGCACCUCCCCACACAGUGACACACGGACCCGGCGCUGGGAAGAGAAGGAGGCGGUGACGGCUGCGGAGGGAGCGCUCGGGAGUCGUAGCGGCGACGGCGGCGGCUGCUGCUGCUGGCUGGGAGCGGAGCCUCCAGCAUGGCCCGGUCCGUUGAGGCGGCCGCUCCUCCUCCACCCGCUCCCCCCGGCCGCCUCUUCCCCUCCUCUUUAGCGUGGCGCCGCCGACGCCGCUGCUGCUGCCGCCGCCCGGCGUUGCCCGCCUUGCCCGGGUUGCUGUCGCUGGGCUUGCUCCUCUCUCGCGUCUGCUGCGGUGCCUUAGCUGGACCAAUAGUUGAUCCACAUGUGAAAGCAGUAUGGGGGAAGGAUGUUACGCUGAAAUGCAUAAUGGAUAUAAAUGAAACAUUAACACAAAUUACAUGGGAGAAGAUACAUGGAAAGAGUGCACAGACUAUUGCUGUUCAUCAUCCUGAAUAUGGAUUUUCCGUUCCAGGAGAAUAUCAAGGAAGAGUAUCACUUAAAAAUAAUUCGCUUACAGAUGCAUCAAUCAAAUUAACAAAUGUUACUUUCUCUGAUUCUGGAGAAUAUGUAUGCAAAGCAGCUACAUUCCCUCUAGGAAACUCCCAGUCAUCAACAACUGUAGCUGUAUUGGUUGAACCAAUUGUGAGCCUAACAAAGGGACCAAACACUUUAAUAGAUGGUGCCAAUCAAACAGUUGCAGCCAUUUGCACAGCAGCCACUGGAAAACCAGCUGCCAAUAUUACCUGGGAAGGAGGUCUUGGUGAAAUGGAAUCCACUUCAACUUCAUAUCCAAAUGAAACAGUGACAGUUGACAGUCUGUACAAGCUUGUCCCCACCAGAUUUGCUAGAGGAAGACAUAUAGCUUGUAUCGUGCGACAUCCAGCUUUGGACAAGGAGAUAAGACUUCCUUAUGUACUAGACAUUCAGUAUUCUCCUGAAGUUACAGUAACUGGCUUUGAUGGCAACUGGUAUAUUGGACGGGGGAAUGUUUUACUCAGGUGUAAUGCUGAUGCAAAUCCACUACCAAUGGAGUUCACAUGGAGUCGGUUGGAUGGACAAUGGCCUGAAGGCUUACAGCCUUUAAAUAAUACUCUGCAUUUUCUCAGCCCAUUGAUUUACAAUUAUACUGGAACUUAUGUUUGUAAAGUGGCCAAUUUUCUUGGCCAAAAAAGUGCUCAGAAGACCAUCUACAUACUAGAUCCUCCUACUACUACCACAUCACCACCCACGAUUCCAUGGCUUUCUUCAACUGAUGGCAACACAGGGUUAACAACACAACCAAAACUAAUGUUUCUUCCAACAUCACCAUGGCCAGAAAUGCAGGAAGACAAUUGGGGCACCAUCAUCGGUAGUGCAGUGGGCGGGGCUCUUUUCCUGAUACUUGUGAGUGUCUUGGUUGGCGCUGUCUGGUAUAGGAGAAGGAGGACGUUCCGUGGUGACUACUUUGCAAAGAACUACAUUCCACCAUCUGAUAUGCAAAAGGAAUCUCAAAUAGAUACUCUCCAGGUAGAUGAUGUGGAUUCUUACCCUGACAGUGUGAAAAAGGAAACAAAACAUCCAGUGAACAGUCUCAUAACUAAAGACUACUUGGGAGAACCUGAAAAAACAGACUGGAACAAUGUAGACACUAUUAACAGGUACCAGGACAGGUAUGAAAGACCAAUGGAUUAUUAUGAAAGUGGAACGCUAGGAAUGAAAUACUUGGGUGAUGAAUGUUACGAUGAAAAUGAAGAUGACUUGGUUUCACAUGUAGAUGGUUCUGUAAUAUCUCGAAAAGAGUGGUAUGUGUAAUGACCACUUUAAAAUCUUGACGGUACAUAAAGCCCCUUCCAUUAGCUGAUCACUUUCAGAUUGUUUAUACUUUUUCUUGAAGAAUAAGCUUUUUGAAGUUGAUUUUCAAGCUUUUUAUAUUCUAACUCGACAAAUGAAAUGUAAAACCUCCUUUAAAUGUAUUGAAGCUGCUUUAUGAUUUUUUUUCCAAUGCUGUACUACUGUCUUUCACAAGAUCCUAAUUUUAACAUAGUGUUUUAUUUGGCCUAUAGCACAAGUUAAAAAUCAAAGUGCUAAGUGGAAAAAACAAACCCAUGAAAUUGUUAUAAAGAGUUUGAAAUGAAGCUACUGUCUUUCCUUGUGACUACAAACAUGUAAUCAAGAAUUAUCUUGGUGCAUCUUUUUGAGCUAUAAGUUUGGGUAAAAAGCAACAUGAAACUGAUUCAAACAGAGCUUGAUCUAAGGCACAUUUUGUUUACAUAUGGUAAUUUUUACAAUAUGAAAUAUUCUGAUGGCACACUUUUUUCAAAGCUUUAUUUUUAGGCUUUCUGCACAGAAUUGAAUACCUCUACAUUUUUGAGACUUGCCAUAAUUAGAUACUGUAGUGGGUGGUACCUCGUACAGAUUACUUGUUGCACUGAACCUGUUGCAAAUAGACUUUUCAAUGAACAGUCUUGCAACAUAUCACUAUCUAUAUUUUUACACUGCAUUUUAAUUCCGAACACUGGAAUAUUAGAUUCCAAACACUUAAGCUGCAUUUCGGAAUAAUCUUUUUUGAAAGGUUGAUAAAAUGUUGCUUCAGUAGAAAUGCUUACUGUAAAAAGUAAUGUUCAGAAAAUGUUAGGUUUCCUUAAACACUCUUCAGAAUGUUAAUUAAGCACAAAGCUAUAAAUACAUACAGUUUAAACACAGAUGCAACUUCUAUAUUUGAGUGAAGAUGCAUUUUUAGAGGGGAAAAAUCAGCUUUUCACAGAACUUUGUGGAGUUAUAAGGAGGGUGUGGGCUGUAUAAAAAACAUUAAGGAGCAUAAAAUUUUUAAAUGCAAAGGCAACCUUAGGUUCACUGUGUUCCAUUUUUUAAGCAUAUAUCAUUCUGAAAAACUGUCUAUUUUGAGAUGAAAGCAUGAAAAGGUAUGACAAGACACACAUGUGUCAGCUUAAAGUGAAGCAAUGUUAGCUAAAUCUCCUGUGAAGUGUAUAGAGAGGCUUUUUUGAAACAUUAAUGCUGCUUGAAAAGAAAUGUAAUAGUGUACAGAGAACAACUCACUGCAGACGUAGCACGUUGUACUGGAGAUAGAAGCAACAAUUUUGUAAGAAACAGAGUUGCUUUCUCUGAAAUCUGGCAUAGGAGAUGGGGAAAUUCUGCUGUUCAACAGUACUUCAAGUUUUUUUUUAAAAAAAAAUGCUGUUUGUUGCAGAGACUUCAGCAUUGUUAGAGGAGCUCAGAGGACAUUCGUUUCAGGCUUUAAAAGAAAGCCCUAUUGACUUGACUGAGAGUUGUCAAACAUGCACAAAACUGAUUAUAGUUAGUUUUCAGUAAAUUAUCUCAAUUCAGAAUCUUUGGAAAUAUUAUUAAUUUGGCAGUCUAAUUGAUGAUGUACACGCUAGGGUAAUGCUUUGUAGAAUGAUUUCCAAGUAUAUAUCUGUGAGUAAUAUGAAAUCAUUACAACAUGAUCUACAGUAUUUUUGAGCUUUUCAGUGAGUACAGUAUCUGUAUAAGGUGCAGUUCGACAGUACACUGUGACUUGGUUGCUAUGUCUUCAAACAUGUGACUGCAGUUUAGUAUUUAUAAACAUAUGAAAAUGGUUUUCUACGCAUCUCUAUCACAUUGGUAAUUCAAGUGGUAAUAUUACUUUACUUGACCAAAGUCUCUCUUCAGUACAUUAGGAAGUGAAAUUAUCAAACCAUGCUUGCCUGUGAACUCAGACGAGUUACUGUAAUUACUAUAUGGAUCUGGUCCAUCACUAACUGAUGUAAACUUACUUCAGUCAAGUAUGGCCAGGCCCUAAGCUAACAGCAGGUCCUAACUCUUGUGUGUGUGUGUGUGUGUGUGUGUGUGUGUGCGUGCGCGUUUUAUUAUCUUUUUUAAAAAGAUAGUUUGUGGUCUUAGAAACAUCUCCAUUGUAAACAGUAGUGGCAUACUUCAUGUAAGCCCCCCAAACACUUUCUUGUAACACUCAAAUCUAGAAGUGAGUACAUAAUGCUCUGUGUUCUUUAUCUUAAGUUUGUUACAAUUUAUCGAGAGUUCCACAGUUAAAUAUGAAGAGGUUGAUAAUAGGGUUAAGAUGUUAAGUGUUGCAGUGUUUCUUACCUAAUGUAUGUUUGGUGUAAAUAGAGAACUGAUUGUAAGUAUGAACUAGCUGUUGUGUGAAAUAAAUCUUUUGUUAAAUUAA